CCACGACGAAUACGAAGCGCUGUGCCUUACGAACGAAUUCAUUGUAGAUAAUCAGGCUUUGUUUCAUUUUUUGGCUAUAUAAGACGCGUGAUUCUCUCACGCUUCCGUAGUUUACAUCUUUUUUUUUCCUUCCUGUGAUUAUUCUGUCACGCUUUUCUACAGUAAUUACUGUAAUAUCACAACUUAGCGCUGCUCGAUCGUGAGAGCGGCUCUUCUUGCUGCCGAUGUGGAUUAUGAAUUGCUCGCGUCCCCUUGGCGAGGAGCUUCUGUCACGUGACGGGUUGUUACAAAAAAAAAAAAAGAAGAAGAAGACGGCAUCAGCAGCAGCAGCAACAUCAGGCGGCUCUCCUCCUCUUGUCGUGUCAAUCCUCACAUUAGCGGGAAGACUUUUCACUCUCACGGAACUCUUGACUGCAGUGAACAUAUGGUGUGCCGGAUCGUAGUGGGAAGUGUGCUGCCCAUCUUAACACAUCGGUUCUGAUGUUUUAUCUACAAGUGGCGGUCGGGAGAGGAUGCGGCUCCUCUUGUACACAACUUUGUGUGGAUUCUUACUCAGUACAGGGGCUGCUUCACAAAUCCAGUGCUACCAGUGUGAAGAAUUCCAGAAGCAUGAAUGCUCAUCGCCAGAAUUUAUUGUGAACUGCACUCUCAACGUUCAGGAUAUGUGCCAAAAGGAAGUGGUCCAUAACAGCGAUGGUACAGAAGGAGUGAUAUAUCGCAAGUCAUGUGCUUCCUCCGCGGCCUGCCUCAUCGCCUCAUCAGGCUACCAGUCUUUCUGCUCUCCCGGGAAAAUCGGCUCAGUGUGCAUUAGCUGCUGCAACACACAUCUCUGCAAUGGACCCCGACCACGCAAGCGAGGAAACUCAGCGGCGGCACCCUUGAGCCACUCGCACGCCGGGGGCUUCCUGUUACCCUUACUGCUAGCGAUCCUGCUGACGUAGAACUGGCUUUCGGAGAGACACAAAGGAAUGGCGUUGUACAUAGUCUGAACCAUUAUAGCAUUAUUCUCCAUGCUACCUGGUCCAAUGUUUUAAAGAAAAAAAAAAAAAAGCCUUAAGCCAUCAAUCAUGUAAACUCAGUCCUUUAAGAGAUUAAAUAAUUUGUCAUUGUGGGGCAGGGAAAUCCAUCAUCGACGAAGACGGGCACAGACGACAUUGUGUCUCAAGAAAAAAGGAUAUGCUUGGAACUCGGAAGUUGGAAUUUUGAUCUAAAUGAAAUCCAAUGAUGCAGAGCUCUGUAAGUGGGAAGAAAGAAAGAAAGAAAGAAAGAAAGAAAGAAAGAAAGAAAGAAAGAAAGAAAGAAAGAGGCCAUACCCUGCCUAAAGAAAAUGAGAUGGUCAGUAGUGUAUUGCCUGUGACAUUUUAUCAAAUGUUCUUCACGUUAAAGACUUUGGGUAAGAAAAUGUGUGUCCCCAAAUGCUGAGACACAGUCAGUUAUUGACCUGCACAAUGAAUUUGUAAAUAUAAUUAAAAUUAAAAAAGACAAGAGUAUGAAUCUGGUUAUGAACUUUCUAGAUGCUGCUCUUCCUCGCUGGAAGGCAAGGGGAGCCAAUCCCUUAGCAAAGGGCACAAUGCACGAGGUGUUCCAGGAGGUGACAUACGUGAGGGGGACCCUAAAAAUUCAUAGAACUGUUAAAAAAAAUGCCCUUUAUUAUAAAAUUUAGGGCGAUUCCCGUUUAGUUACCUUCAGAGUCCUCUCCUUAAGAUGUGAUACACUUGUUCCACCACAAUUCCUGGACUAAAAUGUCCUAUAAUCAUCUUGUCUACAGUAGAACCUCCUUCAUUUCGGCCACAAUACCAAAUCCUCUUCGUUUUAGUCUCAUUUUUAAUUUGGGGGGCAAAAAGAAGUCACAGGGAACGAGAUCUGGUAAAGCAACAAAGCACACUGUUUUUGGUCUAAACCUCUUUGACGGAUGGACGGACGACCCGGUGUGCGCAGCUGCAUUCUCAUCGGGCACAACGUAGUUUUGCGUGUGCCAUUUCUCUGAUGCUUUCCCGUGGACACCUCAGCGGUUCAGUUGAGUAAAUUGUUCAGGGGGAAGGAACUCUUUAGGAACAAGUCCAUCGAUGUUGAUAAAACACAAUCAUCAUUUCCUCUUGAAAAUCCGUCCUGGUGACUUGGAGAGAAAAAAACGAAAUCUACCGAAGUUACCUGCACGACUGUAAAAUAAACGGCACAAAUGCGCACUCUAUGAUCUCAGCUUGAUGCCUUUCGGUGGACCGAUAACCAGACUUGUAGCAACUGAUUAGAACAUCAGAACAAUCAGGACGAGAAGAGUCCAUUCAGCCCAGCAAAGCUUGAUGUCCCCUAUCGAUCUAAUUCAUCUAAGUUAACAUAAAGUCAAGUUUUGAACUCACUUAGCUGCUGAUAGACAAGAGGGGAGAGCACGUCCGCAAAACAAAACCGCCGAUUCUGCAUUUCAUUUUUUUUCCUGAUGAUUUCACUAGUUUCUAGGAGCUUUUUACAGCACGGCCUUACACAGCUAGCAUUUUAUAAAGAUUCACUGCUUGGCCUUAUUAUUGGCUGGGGUUUGACAGUGAUCUCCCUUUGAUGUUGAGACUUAUGUGCUUUGGGACUCCUAGUCCACGGCAACCUUUGAAUACAUCUUUUAACUUAGUUCAUGAUUUUCCUGCAAUUUCACCCCAAUAUUAGGGCAAGAGUAGCAAUAGAACAUUAGACGAGAACAGACCAUUCAGCCCAAUAAAGCUCGCCAGUCCUACCCACUUAAUUCUUCGUUUAGAGUUUUUAAAGUCCUACUGCCCACCACGCUACUUGGUCACUUAUUCCAAGUGUCUGUAGUUCUCUGUGUGAAGAAAAACUUAGUAAUAUUUGUGUGAAA